AUGAGAAAGAAAUUAAAAUUCAUAAAGGAUGGAACCAAUAAAGACAAUAUUAGUUUUAAAUCGGAUCAAUACCUUGAAAGUUAUAAAAAAGAUAGUUACGUGCCAGAUUUUAUAAAGCAUCCAGCAGGACCAUUUAAGUUAUCCAAGUCGCUUUUGACCAAAGAAAUAAAAAACCACUCUUUGAUUGAUAAAAUGCUUGACGAACUACACAAUCAUACUUUUGAUAACGUUAACAUAUAUUAUAAAUCUGAUAGAGGAAAAAUUUUAAUCAUUGAAUUUAUUAAUGAUUCAAACAACACAUUUUUUGUAGCCAGAGAUCCUGAUUCCAAAUACUGGGUUAUGGAAAAAUUUGAAGACGAAAGUUUCCAAGAAGUAUUGCCAAAAAUUGAAUCGAGCAUUAAUAGUACAGUAGUAUAUGAAAUAGAGAAAAAAACUUCUGAAUACAGCAGUACCGUCUCAGUUAAAAGCGAACAACUUCCAGGAGAAGAAUUUAUAAAGUAUAUUCAUACGCCAGUAAAUAAUCAGACAAAUAAAGCAUCCUUAGUAUUAUUUAAGGGUGUGUCUUUAAAUCACAAGAAAUUAGACGUAAUUAAACCAUUUAGAGAAUUGCAAGAACAAAAAUAUCUUAAUGUUGAUGUAUAUUUUGGGAAGAAAUCAAAACAUCCAUUGGCAACCCAGUUUAAUACAACCAAAAAAGAUAAUACGUUUUAUCUUUUAAAACGAGAGGAUAAUAAUUUGUUCUGGGAAAAGGCACAAAUUGACAACAUUGAUUCCCAAAACACUCAACUUAGAUCAAGAUUGAGACAAGUUGAAUUUGACCUUGAGGACUCAUUAAUAAUACUAAUUGGACUAUGCAAAGAAGUUAAUUACGGCCAAUCUCAAAUUAAUGAUGCCAUCAACGGUCUUGACACGAAGAGACAUAUCAAUACAUAUACAACAAACAAGAAUAUAGUUAUUAAUAAUGCUUCUACUAGUGAUGGAAAAUGCUUAGAAAAAUAUGGUUUUGUUUUAUAUAAACACAAUCUAACUCGAUUGAAAGAUAAAACCUAUACACAAUAUGGAUUAAGGUUCUUUAUCUAUAGCACUAGUAGUGGCAUUCAAUACCGUGAAAUAAGAUUAAAAGACUCAAAUGAAAAGGAAAACAACUAUUUAUAUUAUGUAUCAGAAAGUGACAGUGUCUACGUUUAUUUUUAUGGUAGUGAUCCACGUCCUUUACUUUUGUGUUAUAAUAAAAAAUCUUAUAUUCCUAAGAGUAAGUAUGAUUAUGACAAAAUAUGGAUUCGAGUGAGUAACUUUAAUGAAUGUGUAUGCAAUCUCACUACUGUAGAAACAUUAUUGGAAGUACUAAUCAAGGUUGUUGGAUUUUUGAAUGAGGUUAAUAUAUAUAAGUAUCCUAAAGUUCCUUUUCCAGAGAAGCAAGAAGCUAAUACAACAGGCAUAGAAACUGAAUUAUAUAGUGUACAACAUUACAAUGGAAACGAGAUUCAGAUCCAGGUAUCAUAUGAGAACAAAUUGUGUUACAGGGUAUAUAAACAUUUUCCUAAGGGCACUGACGGUAAUUCUAAAGGUUUUAGAUUGGGGGACGUACUUAAUCCUUUUACAUCUAAUAAACCAAUUCGAACAUCAGAAUACCCUCUUAAUUCGGUAUUUGUAUAUUAUAACAUAUAUGAUACUUUUCAUCAAUAUCCUUUGUUAGUGAUUCUGAAUAUUGAAAGCAGCAAUGUUUCUAUAAACUACAACAGAUACUACAAACUUACUAAUAAGGAUGUUGGUGAAUGGAUUAAAAUAAGUAACAAUGGUAAUGAAGAAGAUUUUAUCACUAAGUUAAGAAGGUCUCAAAAUCCAGAAACAGAAAUGAGUGGCGAUAAAAAAAAGGAACUUGAUAAGACCAUAGAGGAAAAAAUAAAUGAAAUAAAGGAAAAACUGGGUAUUACUUUCACGGAAGAGCAAAAACAGUCUUACUUAUUUAAGUCAGAAUAUUGUAAAGAUGAAAUUUCAGACAAUACACCAUUAAUUGCAGGAGCCACUGGUGGUUCAGUGGGUGUGGUUGCACUUGGCACUGGCACCGGAUUUUUAAUAGCCAAAUUUCCGCAAAUAAUUAUACCCUCGAUUAAACCAUUGUUGUUAAGUUUUUUAUUUAUUAAUGAAUCGGCAAAUGAUAAUUUAAACAUGAUUUACAUGUUCCGGUUACACAUAUAUACAUAA